AUGUUGCGAAAGGGCGCUCCUGGUACUGGAGCAGCGCCCAAGAAGCGUUAUGACUAUGACGAAAAGGGAGGGAAGAUGAAGCGUCAAUCGAGACAGCGGGUUACCAGCACUCUUUUGGUGCUGUUCCUGUUUGGCUUUAUUUCCAUGGGCGCUCUCUACGUCUUUAAAGACAGCACGGACUUUGACCCGCUGGGACCAGGAGUGCAGUACCUGCGAUCGCGCGUUUUGAAACGAACCAAAUUCUUUCGCAACCCGUCCAUGUUGCCACCCGACUCCAUUUACCAUCUGGCAGAGCUUCAAGACAAAUAUGCCGAUCGCGGCUUUACGGUGCUUGCUUUCCCGACGAAUGAUUUUCAUCAAGAACGUGGCACCAAUGAAGAAAUUCAACUCUUUGUCAAGGAAGAAUUUCCACAAGUCAAUUUUCCCAUCUUUGGUAAAUCCUCUCUGGCUGCCAAUCCUGUCUACUUGAAAUUCCAACGACAACUCCCCAAUAGCUACGUCAGACACAACUUCUUCAAGUACCUUGUCAACCGCAAGGGAAUUGCAGUCGAAAUGUUUGACAAGAAGACGGAACCCUUGAGUCUCGCAGAUGCCAUUGAAAAACUCUUGGAGGAUGAUGUCCCCAAGAAAUUGACAACUCAAUAA